GUCUAUGGAUUUCCGGAAGUUCCGCGCAAAAUGUCAAUAAAUGUUUUGUUGGGAUAUGUGGGGUUUAUUUUGCCAAUUAAUUGGGAACAACUUACAUUAAGUUGUGUUUAAAUAUAGUUAUUUACAAAAAUUAAGAAAUUUAUAAUAUAUACAAAUACACGCAUGGAUAUAUUUUAAUUUGUACGUAUAAGCAAAUAACGAUGCAAAGGAAACCAGGAUUCCCCGUUGCUAACUGCAGCAUUAAAAUGCCGGACAGCCCAAUGAUGCCCGAUCAUCUGCUGGGUGAGAUGAGGAGUGAUGAUGACAAUGAACAGCAACAGAAGCGUCAGCAGUUAAUAAACUUUGGUCACUCACAGUGGGGCUUCAAUAACUGGAGUUGGUCAGUCAACAAACAAGAACUUGAUUUUGUGGAUUUCACAAAUGGAAGGUACUGUGCAGGAGUGGUAGCAUUUGUAUCUAUAACAGUAAAGAGUUUUGACAUACAUAGAGAAAACAUUGGCUAUGCUACCUCCACUGCUAACACUAAAGGAUUUGCUAUCUAUAAAUCAAGAAAGUGUGCAGUGACAAAUGCAUUGCGCGAGACCUUGUUAAGUUUCGGUGGCAGUGUGGCUUCAGAACUGACUGAGUUGCUAGAGUCAAACAGAGUAGAUGCGCCAGCAAAUGCCCCAGAGCCCCUCAGUGAGAACAACCAAAAUGUAGCCAACAAACAAAUAGAACCUAAGAACAUGACACUGGAGCGAGCAGCUCGCAAGGACUCGAGCGACAGUGGCACAUCUCAUCCCACACUGCGCUCUCCGCACGCGUCGGCCGUCCCGCCGCCUGUACAGAACGGGCCGCUCGUACCGCCGCCCGCUGUGAAGAACGCUCCCUCGAGUGCUCGCGUGCUCCCGACCAGCAUGCCCCCCGCCAACCGCGUGCCGCCAGUGGGCCCCGGCCGGCCUGCGCCAGGCCCUGCAGUGCCGCCACCAGGACCAGCUCCACCAUCUGCUCAUCCGCGCCCCAAUUCUAAUGUAAGUUUUGUGCUGCAACCGGUUGUGGGCGCGUUGGGUGGCUAUGGCGUGCAGCCGAUGUACGGAGCUCCCCGAGUGGGUGGCCCGGCCGCGCCACAUGUUUUUCCUAACGCGUAUUACGAAUAUCCCGGUGGAGGAGGCUGGCACUUCGCUUACGAGAGCUAUGAGCGCCCGCCUGGUAAUGUGAACCUUAACUUCAACCUGCCACCAAAAAACCUGGUAGUGAAUGGGCGGGGCGCGUGUCGCCCUCCCGAUGAUGUUACAUUCGCUCCGCCACCUCCUGCCCAGGGAUGUUGGAUCAAACCCACCAUCUUUUACGACGGUUUCUGGACCGAGCAGAAAGUCAAAAAAUGGGUGGCAGAGCAGGUGGAGAAGCAGUUCCCCGAGGACGCGAGCGCGGCAUCGUCGUCGUCGCCUGACAAGUCGUAGAGGCGUCAGUAGACUUCUGUCACCGCCGCAGCGUAGCCGGCUCACUAGCCAUUAUUAAUUUAUCAGCGAGUUAUUCUUAUACACUUGUGGAAGUUUUUUGCCACACCAGCUCAUACGAGUAUUGCAGUAGUUUUGAGAAUAGUAAAUGUAUUAUAGGAUGUUAGUAUAUAUUGGUAAGUUUGAAAUCUCAAAAAUGGUGAACUAUUUUUUAUGUAAUUUUUCCUCGUUGUAUGUAGUUGUAAGUGUUGUGGAUGGUCAGGCGCUGUUGUCGGCCACUUCGUUGUCAGAAGUCGGUGAUUUAGUGAUUCUAGUGUGUUGAAUGUUGGCUUCUAUUUACUAUUUAGUAUAUUUCAGAGAAUAGCAUUCAUGCUCGUGCACCAGCAGCAUUUUUAUACUUGUGUGAUUGUUGAUUAGCGGUAUGUUCCGAUAUACGCUGCGACUGCCUGUGUCUAUCACACUGCACACUGGUACAGUAUGAUUUAGUACACUGGAAUCCCGUUGCUUUAUAAUCAGCUAUACUGGCGAAACUUCAUAAAUAGAAAUCAGUCCAGUACACUGUUAAACCCGCUUUUCGGCGCCAUUUUGCUAAGUUAUCAAUUUUCUUUGUUAAUUAACUACCUAUUAAAUAAAAUUUGCUAAUAGUUUUUGUAAUAAACUCUCUCUUAUAAACUUAUUUACUCUUGAAACUCUUCUUUAUUAAUGAAUAAGCUAUUGUUUGAACUGCAGUGCUAUCCUCUAUUUCUACUGAUAAUUUAAUUAAAACCACACCAAAGCCCUUUUUUUCGAAAUCUUCAAACGUAAUAAAUUUUCCUCGGAUCAUGCAGCAGUGUACUGGCAGAAGAGAACGGAUUUUUCAGUAGUAAGAUCACUGUGCUGUGUCUCAGUGUAUAUCAGGACAUACCAAGAAUUUUAAACAUUUUGAAAUCGAAUGGAUUUUUGUAAUUUCACGAAAGUUUUACUCUACGGUUUUAAAAUUACGACACUUGAAUAUUUUCCUCUUAUGAUUACUUUAGGAAUUGGGUUUUGACCUUGUUACAUAGUUAAGUAUAAAAUAAAUGGAAUUGCGAAUGUACAUAGAUAUAUGUAUGUAGUUUACUGUGUAGUUAUAGCUACAUGGUAAAUAAUAACUGUUUUUAUUGAAAUAAAAUUGUUUGAAUUAAUAUAAUGUUUGA